AUGAAGAGCCAACUUGAUUUGCACGGCAAGGUGAGCCAGCCAGCAAGGAGUAAAUCGGGUGUCAAGUCAAGUCAAGUCGAAAAGUCCUUCCAACUGACAAUACAUCUCCAGACAGCCUUCAUAACCGGCGGCUCCGGAGGCCUCGGAUCCGCCAUCGCAGAAUCCCUCGCCCUUCGAGGCGCGCACAUCACACUCUUCUCCCGUCGUCAAGGCCCCUUGGACCAAGCCAGAGCGCAUCUUUCUUCCCGUUGCCCGGAUCCCGAGCAAGAAAUCAACGCCUUUGCCGUCGAUCUGGGAGAUGCAGUCCAAGUCGACCACGCUUUCCGCUCCCAGUCCCGGAUUCCAGACCUGCUGUAUUGCACGGCAGGAGGCAACCAUGCCGAGAAUGGCUUCUUCGCGGAUAUACCUGCCGGAGCGUUGGAGGGUUGUAUGCGGAACAACUACUUCUCCUCUGCGUUCGCAGCGAAAGCGGCGUUGGAUAUUUGGCUGGAGGAUGAUAAGCGCGGGACCAGGGGUAGGGAGGAGGAGAAGAAGGUGAGGAAGAUCAUCUUCAUCAGCAGCGCGGCUGCCUUUGUGUGUUUGCCUGGUUCGGUGGCGUAUUCUCGUAAGUCGAGUCCGACUCUCCGAGGUGUCGUUUGAUGCUAUUGCUAAUUAGUGAUGGUGGGGCUGCAGCGGCGAAAUGUGCUCAGCGUGCGUUGGCUGAUACGCUGCGCAUGGAGCUGCUGAGGCAUAAUUCUGCGCAGUCCCAUUACUCUGUUCAUUGCGCUUUUCCCGGUCAGAACUCACCCACCCACCCACCAGCCAGUCGGAAUCUGAGCUGACAUCCUGCAGCCGACUUCGUAUCCCCCGGCUUCCUCGCGGAGCAAAAAACCAAGACUGCCCUUACCAAACGCAUCCAAGGCCUCGACGCACCCCCCUCCGAACUAGUGUCCCGCUUUCCUACUUCAGAGAAAGUGGCCAGCCUCAUCAUCGCGGCUGUGGAUAGAGGAGACUUCACCAUCUGCGAGGACUCGCCUGCUGCUUCGGCGUUAUUCACGGCGAUGACGGGACCCUCGCCGAAGAGAGGAUGGGGAAUUGCGGACGGACUGCUUUCCAUCGUCGUGAAUUGGUUUGUAUGGCCUUUUCUGAGGUGGAAGUGGGAAGGGAUGGUGAAGGACGAUGCAAAGACCGCGGGUCGCGGGGAGAGUUCGGUGACUUAG